UACCUUUAUGGAGCACACUGUCAUCCAUCAUCACUUGGCAAUGGCGGUUUGGGUGAAGAAAGGAAAAGAAAUGCGGGUCUGGGGUUAGAAACUGGCGGAUUGUUAUUCUGAGAAAUUGGACUUCCUUUUUUGGGGAUGGGACUGAGAAGACCGGAGGAAGAAGGACAAGCCGGCAUGGGCCUCGUUCUUUGAGAAACAACUAGGGUCGCCAUGGAUCCCGGAGAAGGGCCUAGCCAUAGGAACCGGCAGAAGUACUCCCUAAAGGAAACGUCAAAUGUGACCAUUGAGGACUUGAAGAAGGGCCACAGGGUGCCGAAGAAUGAAGUGGAAAUGAUGGAGCAUCAGAAAGCUCUAAGUACGGACUGGGAGAGUAGGUCCGAGGAUAUGGAAAUAGUUGACGUGGGCAUAGAGGACUUCAGGAUCGAGGGCAGUGAGACCCUCUUCCAAGUGCUCCAGGACUAUGAACAUAAGGAUGAGGACCUGAGGAUGGUGGAGAUGGAGCAAGACCAGAGUUCCAAGCCUGCAGGCAAAGAAGACGGCCAGAAGUCGCAGCCAACGGACAACUGGAUCACUACACCCACGCACUCGAAUUCCUGGAGAAGAAUAAAUCUGAGUCACGAAGACCUCGAACUGCUCAAGGAGGCGGAUCAGUCGUUAUCCCAGUCUAUGAGCAAGAGCAGCAAAUACAAACAUCAGGCUGAUAGCCUGCUCAGUCUGGCCAAUCGGGUCGAGGAGUACGAAAAGAUUUGGCAGCAGCCUGACAACCCCACGGAAGCAUAUCACCUGCUACCUGUCUUGAAGAAGCAGUUGAAUUUGCUCAUCUCCGAAUCAACCAGAAGAUCCCUCAGGUCAUCCCAAACUAUCAGCUUGCCAGGGGACCAAAUGGACCACAAGAGCAAAGAGGGACCCUCGAAGGGGCAAUCGACCAGCAAGAGCCCCAAGACGCCCAGGAACUCCUUGAGCACCAAAACCCCAAAAGAGAAAGAUGAUGGAAAAGUGGAUGAGGAUGAGGAUGAGGAAGAUCCUCCAGUAUACAAAGACAUGGUGCUUUCCCUGUUACUUCAGUUGAAGAAGCAUGAGAAUUUGCUCAACUCCCUAUCAACCAGCAGAUCCCGCAUGAUCUCCCCAACUUUCAGCUUGCCAGAGGACCAAAUGGACCAAAAUAGAAACAGCAAAGAGGAGCUCUGGAAGGGACAGUUGACAGCACCAUCGUCCAGCAAGAGCCUCAGACCAUUGUCCCGCAAGAGCCUCAAGGGCUCCCAGUCUGGCUCCAGAGACCUAUCAAAACUCAUGAGCUCCUUGUACUCUAGGCUUGCCAAGGAGCCCUCAACCCCGGAGGAGAAAGAGGGAAAAGUGGAUGAGGACAAGGAUGAGGACAAGGAUGAGGACGAGGAUGAGGACGAGGAUGAGGACAAGGAUGAGGAUGACUUUAAUUUUCCAUUGUACCAAAACCCAGCAUUUUACCUGCUGCCUCUCUUGAAGAAGCAUGAGAAUUUGCUCACCUUACAGCCAGCCAGCAAGACUCGUCGGCCAACCAUGAUUAUCAGCUUUACAGAGGACCAAAUGGGCCAAACGGACCAGCAGAGCAGUGACUCGGUCCAACAGCGUCGUAGGUCAUCUGGCAAGAGCCUCAAGGGCUCCCAGACUGGCUCCACAGAGUUUCAGUGGCAUAAACCCAUUACCUACUUUGACCCCCGACCCACCAAGAAAUCCUCAAUCUUCAAGAAGAAAGAGAAGGAAAAAGUGGAGGUAGAUGAGGACGAGGAAGACCCACCAGUGUACCAAAACACAGAAUCAAAGAUGUUUGCUAAAAGUGUCUUAAAAUCUCACAAUGACUACCGACAGAAACAUGGCUGCCCUCCGAUAAAAAUCUGCCAGAAAUUGAACCACGAAGCACAACAGUAUGCAGAUGCACUGGCUACCACAAAAGUUCUCAAACAUAGCUCAGAAUCCAGUAGGGGAAAUUGUGGAGAAAAUCUAUCAUGGGCUUCCUAUGAUCAACCAGGACACGAGGUUGCUGACAGGUGGUAUAGUGAAAUAAGAAAUUAUGACUAUAAGAGUCCAGGAUUCACCCCAGAAUCAGGACAUUUUACAGCAAUGAUAUGGAAGGGUACAAAGAAGAUGGGUGUUGGAAAGGCCUCUGCAAAUGAUGGUUCUUCCUAUGUGGUUGCCAGAUACUUUCCAGCUGGAAAUGUUGUCAAUCCUGGUCUCUUUGAAGAAAAUGUCCCUCGUCCAAAGACAUGAUUUUGAAAAUGCAAAUGUUAAUUGUGGAUUGCAGAGUGUAACAGUAAAACUCCUAUGAAAUCUAAA